UGGAAUCAUGGCAUCUUAGUGAAGGACAGUUUGACUACAAAGUGACUCAUUAAAUCCGAGGAGACCAUUGUCAAUUACAAGCAAAAACUCCCACGGUUUAUAAGCCAUGGGACGCAUGUGCACGCACGCAGAGCGCAUCUCCUAUCCGCUAAGGGCACUACGAGUGUCAGUGCAGACAGUGAUUCGCAAUACUUACAACAAUAAACACCAAUAUGUGCUACAAAAUAUUUGUUUUAUUACCAGUUAUUUGCUGUAUCAAUGCAGCACCAAAAAACAGAGAGUUUACCAGUAAUGAAAAGGUUGAAAAGGAUGAUCUAAAGACGGCUGCCAGUUCACAUAGUCAUCAGUACUCCGACUGGGGCGGCAGCUCACCUGGCGGUUAUGGAUAUAGCGUCACCGGUUUUGGCUUGAUCAACGACAAAUCUGAUGCAAAUUACGGCGGCAUUUCUGGACAUAAUACCUAUCCGACUGCUGGGUAUUCUGGUUAUAGUGGUGGUGAAGGUUUCGUGGGAUCUGCACGCCCUCUCAGCGGUGUCGGGUAUGUUGGGAACUCGGGAUUUUCCGGGAACUCAGGAUAUGCCGGGAACUCGGGAUUCAGCGGCAUCAAAGGUUACGGUGGAUACAAUCCAAAUUUGUACGGAAGUAACGGAGGCUACGGAAGUAACGGAGGCUACGGAAGUAACGGAGGCUACGGAAGUAACGGGGGCUAUGGAAGUAACGGGGGCUACGGAAGUAACGGAGGCUAUGGAAGUAACGGAGGCUACGGAAGUAACGUAGGCUACGGAAGUAGCGGAAGUUUUGGCGGUAAUGGAGGUUACGGAGGCUACGGUGGCAACGGAGGUUUAGGUUCCUACAGUGGAUAUAACAAUCCAUACUACCAAGGAUCCAAUCAUUUGGGCUACGGCUACUAUCAACCCGGUAACAUAUACAAAAGCGGCAGCAUCACUCCGAGCUACGUGAACGGUUAUAGAGGAUAUACAAGGAGAUAGGAGUAAAUUACAAAUAUUUUUAUAUCUAGGCAUUAUGUUAUACAAUUAAGUACCAAAGUAUUUUCCAAAGUAAAAUUUAAGUAAUAUUUUUGAAGU